UAAUCAGUUUAAAAUCAAAAUUCACGUUUGUACAAAAUUUUCUGUUUUUCUUUGCGUAAGCGUUUAAAUUGGUUUCGCUAUGAACAGAAGCAUUCUGAUGACGCUAAAGGAUAUUGCUAAUGUGUGGGCCACCGACUCGAGACAGCGGACAUGCCGGGCGAAAACAGCAUCAACCUGGUUCUCUGAGGUGCAAAUGGGUCCUCCCGAUGCCAUUUUGGGAGUGACUGAGGCCUUCAAGAAGGACAAGAACCCGAAGAAGAUCAACUUGGGCGCUGGCGCCUAUCGCGAUGACAACACUCAGCCCUUUGUGCUGCCCAGUGUGCGGGAGGCGGAGAAGAGGGUACUGAGCCGUAAUUUGGACAAGGAGUACGCCACCAUCAUCGGAAUUCCCGAGUUCUACAACAAAGCCAUUGAACUGGCCUUGGGCACGGGAUCCAAGCGUCUGGCGGCCAAGCACAAUGUGACCGCCCAGUCCAUCAGUGGAACUGGAGCUCUGCGCAUCGGAGCCGCCUUCCUGGCCAAAUUCUGGAAGGGCAACCGCGAAAUCUACAUCCCAUCGCCAUCGUGGGGCAACCAUGUGGCCAUCUUCGAGCACGCCGGUCUGCCUGUGAACAGGUAUCGCUACUACAACAAGGACACCUGUGCCCUGGACUUUGCCGGCCUGAUCGAGGAUCUGAAGAAAAUCCCCGAGAAGAGCAUCGUUCUGCUGCACGCCUGCGCCCACAACCCAACUGGAGUGGAUCCCACCCUGGAACAGUGGAAAGAGAUCUCCGCCGUGGUGAAGAAGCGCAAUCUGUACCCCUUCAUCGACAUGGCCUACCAGGGAUUCGCCACCGGUGACAUCGACCGCGAUGCCCAGGCUGUGCGCACCUUCGAGGCCGAUGGCCACGACUUCGCCUUGGCCCAAAGUUUCGCCAAGAACAUGGGACUGUAUGGCGAGCGUGCUGGUGCCUUCUCUGUCAUUUGCUCCGACGAGGAGGAGGCUGCCCGUGUGCUGUCCCAGGUUAAGAUCCUGAUCCGCGGUCUGUACUCCAACCCCCCCGUUCAUGGAGCUCGCAUUGCCGCCGAGAUCCUGAACAACGAGGACCUGCGCGCCCAGUGGCUAAAGGAUGUGAAGCUGAUGGCCGACCGCAUCAUCAAUGUGCGCAGCCAGCUGAAGAACAACCUGGAGAAACUGGGAUCCAGCCAGAACUGGGACCACAUUGUCAACCAAAUCGGCAUGUUCUGUUUCACCGGACUGAAGCCCGAGCAGGUGCAGAAGCUGAUCAAGGAGCACAGCGUCUAUCUGACCAACGAUGGUCGCGUUUCGAUGGCGGGAGUCACCAGCAAGAAUGUCGAGUACCUGGCCGAGAGCAUACACAAGGUCACCAAGUAGAGUGGAGUUGUAGUCACGUGUAGAGACCAGUGGAUAUCGAAGUUGAGAUGGAGUUUCUGUAGUACCUUCUUGUCGGCACAUGUACGAAUUUUCUAGCACCAACGAAAUCAAGAACUCUAGUUAAACCAAUGCAUUUUGCACACUCUCUAUAUCUCUGUAUAUAAGCUAAAUGAUCUGCCUUUUGGAAAGUAAAGCAUUUUAAAUGUUAGAAAAUACAAUGGCUUUAAAUAAUGUUUAGGGAAAAAGAAGAGCUCCUUUUGAAAACAAUAUUAAAUUCUGGAUAAUUAAAUUAUAAAAAAUA